UCGUCGUCACAGAAGUCGAUUCAGGAAGCCAUUACGUUGCGUAAUUUAGUCAAGAAAAACUUACUAUUUUUACGUAUUCUACGCACUUUUAAAAUACUUUCCUUAAGUCCCAUUUAAAAUAUUAUGGCAUCGCAGGCAAAGAAGAGAAAAAUGAAUUUCUCUGAAAGAGAGGUGGAAAUCAUCGUGGAGGAGAUGGAAAAGCAAAAACACAUUUUGGUGAACCACUUCAAUGCUGGCGUCACUCACAUCGCCAAAAAUAACGCAUGGCUUGAGAUUCUGAAGCGGGUAAACGCUGUGACCAACUGCCAGCGCGAGCUUGUCGAGGUGAAGAAGAAAUGGUCUGAUCUGAAAACCGAGGUUCGUCGGAAAGUGGCGCAGGCUCGCGCAGCGAUAGAGGACACGGGGGACUGCACCACGGUACCGGUUAUUCUUACUGCCAUGCAGCAACGCAUCUGUAACCUGCUAGGUGAAGCCACUAUCAUCAGUCUGCCUGCUGGAGAAUCGGGAGAGCCGAGUGCGGAGAUUGCGGUGCCGGUGCCCAUUAGCACAGCCACUACUACCGUUACAUUAACGCAGACAGAUAUUCAGCCAACACCUGGUGCUGCCUGUGAUAUGAAAACUCUAGAAGUAGCUGAGACCACAUACCACACUCUGGAGGAGGGCAUGGUAGAGUACUGCACAACAGAGACACCAGUCACUGUUACGACUGAAGCACCUGUGGAGGUUUUGGCAGCACAGUCUGAGUGCUCAGUAAAGCCACAGGAGCUGAAGAGCCGCAUUGCAUUGAACUCUGCCAAGCUGUUGCAGGAGCAGCGUGUCACCAACCUGCAUGUGCGUGAAAUCGCCCAGCAUUUGGAGAACCAGAAUGACCUGCUGCAGAUGAUCCGCCGCUCACAGGAAGCACAAGCCUGUGCCCAAGAGAGACAAGCACAAGCCCUUGAAGGUACACAGGCCACCCUUCUUGCCCUCAUCCAGAUGUUCAAGCCUGCUCUGAAGGACUUGAGAAAGUUCCUGCAAAAUGCUAACAAUGCUAAUGUAACUGGAAGCAUUGAGACUGCCGAGGGGGUGGUGAAUAUGCCCCAGGUGGAAGAUGGACAGUAGACUGGCAUGUGUUGUAUUCUUGGGGGAAUGAAGGGUGUGUGUGUGUGUGUGUUUUGGAAUAUCCUUGCUUUUUUCCCAUGCUCAACCAUUCUACUUUCAUUUAGAGUAUCUUGUAUUUCAGUGGUUCUCAAAGCGGCCUCUGGGAACCAUGGGGGGAUUUUUACAGUUUAAGAGCUCCCUGACUCCAAUAAGAACCACUGUUAUAUGUUACAUGAAUGUAGACUUCAUGAAUGAUGACAAUAUACUGUCUUUAUACCACUUUCUUCUUUUUUCAACUAUAUUUUAAUUUAAAACUUCAUGAUUUUUUAAAUUAAUUUUGCACGUAAGAAUGAGCUUCCACUAAAUCAGCAAGGACAUUACAAGUCAAUAAACAUGACAGAUUUUUAAACACUUGUCAACUCAUUUCAUAAAUAAUGUCUUACCAAGUUCCCCUGGCUGAUUCAAGAUGGACAGGACUAUCUUUGUUACAAGUGAUGUCAGAGCUACCUGAGUAUCAAUCAGAUUAUCUGCUUAUAUCAGUUCCCUUUUACAACAGCCACGGGAACUGGACUGAUGACUUUAUGUUCACUCAGGCUCUUUUCACCUAAGAAUCUCUUUUUAUAUUUUAUAUUAAAUACACGAGUUUUUAUAAUACUCAUGCAGUGUUACAAUGUGAAGAGCUAAGGCUACAGUUUCCAGCAAUGUCUUUGUGUUUGCAUAAUAAACAUUAUAAACAGAAAUAUACAGAAAUGGAUGCCUAACACCACUCACAUGUCAUGUGAUGGUAAUUACAGUGUCAUGCUUAAAUAUUUACCUCCUUGAACCUUUUUACAUUUUAUAUUAUUACAGCCUAGAACUAAAAUGGACUUAAUUGGGAUUGUUACCAUUUAAUUAACACAAUAUCUUGUGUUCACUCCUGAGCUUGAGUUACUGUCUGUGUGGAGAUUUGCAUGUUCUCCUCAGGUUUGUAUGAGCUUCCCCGGUAAUUCUUUGGUUUCGUACCACUGCCCAUGCAGGUAAGUAUAGAAUUUCAGCUUUUAUUUCCUAUUUAUGUAUUUAUAUUUUCAUGACAAACACAAACAUAGACAAACAUAGCACACUUUAUUAGACCACCCAAUAUUUAGAUAAGCAAAAAAUUUGGAAUAUGUCACUGACAGGCGUUUCUUGUUCCCUAGGUGUGCUCUGAACUGUUUGAAUGUUUGAACAAUAAAUAGCAACUACCCUUGGUUUUUGCCUUCAGUUUCAGAUGUUAAGACUACAUUUGUUGUUAAAUAUUAUAAGAAUCACUCAGAGACUUUGGCACCAGCUUUGAACUGCUGUUGUGUCAGUCAGUUUGUGCUUAGUUUCUUUACACUGAUUUAGUCAUCUGAAGUUGCUCAAAAGCUCCCGGUUACACAACACCAUUUGAUUACAUACAGUGGAAGAAAGGACAUUAUUUAUAACUGUAAAUGCUUAUUUUUAGAGUUUAAACCCUCAAUAUGACCCCAAUCAUGCUCCCAAAACACUUUAAUUUCAUUUGAAAUUAGCUUAAUUCAUUACCCUUAAAAAGAAAAAUGUUUGACAUAAAAAUAGAGUACAGUAUCUAUAUAAAAACCAAGGGAAAAAUCACUGUGAUCACUUAUUCACGGAAUAUACACGCGUGUAGAACAGAGCAUGGGACAGGGUGAGAUGAGUCGCGACAUCACGCAUACAAAGCAUCAUAGCUACCAGCCAAUCAGCAGCUAGGUAAAACUGUUAAUGCUCUGUGAUUGGCUACUUCCAACCCUUUCAGCCAACAGCAUGUCAUAAUCGGCGACGUUCAAUAUCAUUAAAAUAGCAUUUAUAUUUUAUUUAUAUUGAUAUUUUGUUGUUUUUACUUUUAUAUUUAUAUUACUAAAUUAAUAAACUAAACUUUUUUUUAAUAAUUUCGCAUUAAAAAGCAUGAAAAUGUAUAAAUUGCCACAAAAUUAGUGGGUCUGCGAAAAAUUUGCAGAUGGAAAUUAGAUAGGUUCCAAAGAAAAUUUCGCGGAUCAGUGAAUCCGCGAAUCAUGAGACGCGGAUCUGUGAGGUAUUACUGUAAUCACAUCCAGUGGCACCCAGAUGAGGAUGGGUUCCCUUUUGAAUCUGGUUGUCUUAAGCUUUCUUCCUCGUUUUAGAGAGUUUUUUGCUUGCCAUGUUGCCUUAGGCUUGCUCAUUAGGGACAGAAACAUUGUGAGAGCUGUAACAAAAACAAACAAACAAACCAAAACAGUGACAUCACCAACAACUUCCACAGGAGAUGGUGAAUUUAUCACAAUCCACUGAAGAAGGCAGUUUUAUUGACUGAUACCAGGAAGAGACCUCUACUAAGGUGAUGGAAAUGCCAAAAUGUAGCUUGUGAUCCAAAACAUAUUAGUUUAUUUGGGCAAGCACAGUAGACAUAGUGCCAUCGCUUGUAUGGAUGUUUCUGGAACAGGCUCGCUAAUCUUCACUGAUGAUUUAACUCGUGAUGGUAGCAAAAGAAGGAAUUGAGAAGUCUACAGAAUAUUCUGUCUACCAAUCUAUAGAGAAAUGCAUUUAACCUUAUUUGGAGGCACUUUAUGCAGCAAGACAAUGACACAGGUCGCACCAUUAGUCCAAUAAACAAAAUGAGUUCUCCCAAACAAAAAAGCCUAAUAAUACAUUUAAUACUGCCCUCUUACAUUUUUGCUAACUUGCAUAAUAUGUAAAGCCUGAAUUAGUUUUAGGAUUUUGGGCAUAUCUUCACAUAUUUGGUGGCAAACUACUCAGCAAAGCUUAAUAAUUAUCAAACACAUGUUGACAUGUGGCUCAAGUGGUUAAGGCUCUGGGUCGUUGACCGGAAGAUCAGGGGUUCAAGCCCCAGCACCGCCAAGUUGCCACUGUUGGGCCCUUGAGCAAGGCCCUUAACCCUCUCUGCUCCAGGGGCGCUGUAUCAUGGCUGACCCUGCGCUCUGACCCCAACCUCCAAGGAUGGGAUAUGCGAAGAAAGAAUUUCACUGUGCUGUAAUGUAUAUGUGACAAAUAAAGGCUGUUUCAUUUUUUUCAUUUUUUCACAUAAUAUGGCUGCCACUUGCCAAUCAAUUUUAUUGAGAUGGAGAUUGAUUUAUGCAAAUAAAUUUAAGACAGGAUUAUCAUUGAAAUAUUGCACUAAAUUUGGUGAUUACGUCCCACAUCCCACCCCCUACAAGCCAAAUAAAAUCACUCACCCAUUCUAGGGGAGGGCUAUAUUAAAUAAAUUUACCAUUUGCAUUUUAUACCAAUCUGCCAAAAUAUUA